UUGUCGUUAUUAAGAUAAAAUGAAAAUAAUAAUUGGUAUCGCGCUCUUCAGCUUCCUCGUGUUACCUAAUUUUGUUGAAUUAGCCAUACGAAGAUACAGUCAAGCAGGAAUCGAUGAAAACUGUUCUGAUCCUCUUCGACCAAAUGUUCGUUAUUACGAAUCUAGGAGUGGCCACAAAUUCUCUAUAUUAUCUGCUACAGGAUCAAAAUAUAUUUGGGUAGGGAUCAAAGAUAAUCACAUAGUUGGAUUAAUCUUGGAAGGAUGCUUGUGUCCAUUUCUGAAUGAAGUAGGAGAAAGGUUUAUAUUUACUAUGACUUACGAUAUUAUAAUAAUCGCGAAAGAUGAGAAACACCCAACUAGGCCAUACAGAUUCUUUCAGUUUUUCGAACCAGAAACCGAUAUUCGUGAAGCAGUGAUCACUAAAUUUAAAUCAGUGACAAAUAUGCCACUGAUUGAAAUCAGUAAGGGUAUUCACUGA